ACAUCGGAGGUUAUGAGGAGAUUUUUCAGAGUUGAUAGGGAUGAAGAUUACGGUCAGAUUCAGUAUCUCACUGCCAAAUGCAUCCGAUUGUCUCAGGAGAAAGCAGUGCUCCAGCGAGAGCUGCUGGUGUCCGGUGAGCGUCAGCAGGCUCUGCAGGCAGAGAUGGAGGGUCUGUCGGUGCGUGUGUGUCAGAAGGAGCAGCUCUAUGUGGAGCUGAGCAUCAAAUAUGAGCAACUGCUGGAGAGAUUUCAGAAGCAGCAGGAGCAGGCCGAUCUCCUGCAGCAGCGUUUGAUCUGUGUGACGGAGGAGCGCUGGAGGGACGCCUCGCUGCUGUGUCUUCAGCUGGAGCAGGUGAGCUGUGAUUUACAGCAGCUGCAGGGCUCAGAGACGCAACUCAUGGGCCUGGUGGAUGAGCUGCACCAGGAGGCCCAGCUCAGAGCCCAGCAAGCUGAGGUCCUAGAGAUGCAGCUCCGCGAGGAGACUCAGAAAAUACAAGAUCUGGAGAUGCAGCUAAACAGUAAAUCGCUCGAGCUGAUGGAGCUCCAGGUGUCGCAUGAAGCCCUGCGGCAGGAUCUGUGCGAUCAGCGCAGCGCCCACCAGAGGACAGUAGAGGAACUGCGGCGGGACAAUUCGGAGAGUCUCGGCAAACUCCGUGAAACGGCCGAACAGUUCGAGUGGCUGUGUGAGCAACAGCGGAGGUGGAUGAGCUGCGUCAGGAGGUUUAAGGAGUGUCUGUCGGGUGAGAAGGAGUCCCUGGAGCUGCAGGUGAACAGGUUACAGGUGGAGUUGGAUACUAUUAGGAAUACUGUGCCCUCCGAUCGUCCCACAGAACCCUGCAGCAGGUGGGAUGUUGGGGUGAUGUCUGACCUCCAGGCGGAGGUGGACCGAUGGAAAAGACUGUAUGAAGACCUGCUCAAACUCACCGCACAGCAGGGCCAGUGGGCAGCAGAUGGACACCUGAAACCCCCGUGAGGAUCCAAACAGAGACGACAGCUUCACAUCACACACUGAUUCAGAAAUGAUCCAUGAAAACCCCUAAAUCUGCAGCUCUGUUGGAAUCAUUGUUAUUGAAUGUGCAGGGUUUAUGAAUGAACAGAGCUGUUCAGGUCGUGUUCUUUAUCCU